GCUCUUCACAUUUCCCCCCAAAUUUUCUCAAUCAUCACAUAUAACAAAUGAAGAACUGAAACUUCAAACCACUCCUCAUUAAGAGCUCUAUGAGCUACUGGCGGGACAUGCCUUACACAAUCGUCAUCUUUCUAUCUCGCAAGCCAGGCCUGAGCUUAUCCACCUUCCAAAAUGAUUACGAAACAGUACACAUCCCACUAUUGAAGAAGGUAGUUGGCGAUGAAUUUCCACUAUCACAUACGCGGCACUACGUGGACAGGACGGACGCAAAAGCUCGACAAGACGACGACUACCUUUUCGUCUCGCAAGAUAGCUUUGAAUACGAUGUAGUCACCGUCUACACUUUCGCAAAUCGAGCGCACUGGAUGAGGUUUCUGGAAAGAUGCGAGAGUAAUCUCAAUAUAGGAAGACUGAAAGAAUCGGAGAAUCGACUUAUCAGGGAAGAUGGAAUUAGAAUGAUUCGAAUGGGGGAUACUCGAAGCACGGGAAAGAAUGGGGGUGAAGUUGGGUGGCAGUUUGUUGGGGAGAGUCCACUGUCCACCUAAGGGCCUAACUAAGAUGGAGAGGCAGAGAACAGAGAACAGCGAACAGGUAUUUGGGGGACGGAGCAUCGGACAACAUUUCUAUCUCACACUUACAGAACGGGUCUGUAAACGAUCUUGCCCUCACGUUAUGAUUAUCUGUCAAGGCCCGCUUGGAAAGGUGUGACCAAUAGCGAGCAUUGAAAGUAUACUACGAAUGUUGACUAGCUAGCGCUGAAUUUAAACUCCAUGUUAAAG